CGAAACUGGUUCAGCUAGUUUGUUGAAGUAGAAGUAAAAUAAACAUAAACAUGAAUCCUACUGAAAACCUACGGAAAAUGCUGUCUAAGGUGUAUAAAUACAGAGACCUGACUCUGAGGGAAGUCACCAAUGUUACGAACCGGUAUAAAGACCUCAAACCUGUCAUGGACAACUAUGUGUUUAAUGAUGGCAUGAGCAGAGAGUUAAUGAGCCUUACAGGAACGAUACCAGUCAGCUACAAAGGAAACAUAUAUAACAUUCCUGUCUGCCUGUGGCUGCUGGACACAUAUCCGUACAAUCCACCAAUCUGCUUCGUGAAGCCCACCAGUGCCAUGAUGAUCAGAACUGGGAAGCACAUAGAUGCCAAUGGGAAAGUGUACCUUCCAUACCUGCACGAGUGGAAGCCUCCCGAUUCAAAUUUAUUUGGCCUGAUCCAGGUUAUGAUCUUUGUGUUUGGUGAAGAGCCUCCAGUCUUCUCCCGGCCCAGCCCACAAAGCCCUUACCAAGCAUUCCAGGCUGCUGGUACAACUAACGCCUCCUACAUGCCAAACACACCCAGCACUCCAUUUACACAGAAUCAGACUCCAAACCCAGGAGCAUUUCAGGGUUAUCCUUACCCUGCUGCUACUGCUGGAUACCCGGCCACACCGGGACCUGCCCUCUACACUCCCACUUCAACUGCUGGUCCUGCUCGCAACGCCACCAUCGGAGAGGACACCAUCCGGGCGUCGCUGGUGUCUGCAGUGAGCGAUAAACUGCGCCGGAGGAUGAAUGAGGAGAUGGACCGAGCUCAGGCUGAGUUGGACUCUCUGAAAAAAGCAGAGGACGAUCUGAAAACCGGACACCAGAAACUGCAGGAGAUGAUGACCAAACUGGAUCUAGAGAUAACGGACGUGGACAGAAACAUCGACCUCCUGAAGCAGAAGGAUGAGGAGCUGACCACAGCUCUGGACAAGAUGGAGCAGCAGUCAGAGAGCGGCGAUAUAGACGACCUGAUCACUCCCACUGCGCCGCUCUAUCGGCAGAUCUUAAACCUGUAUGCUGAAGAGAACGCCAUAGAAGAUACCAUCUUCUAUCUGGGGGAGGCGCUCCGCAAAGGUGUCGUCGACUUGGACGCUUUUCUCAAGCACGUGAGAUUUCUCUCCCGAAAGCAGUUCCAGUUACGAGCCCUGAUGCAGAAAGCCAGAAAAACCGCUGGCCUAAGUGACCUUUACUGACCAAACGUCCAGCCCGGCACUCCUCUCCUAUAGUCUGUUCAGAUUAUCCCUCCCAACUGACAGGUACCAUCACUCCGAGACAAGAAUUCCAUUUCAGUCAGCUAUCAGUGAUGUGCACUCUUCACUCUUCACUCUUCACCGUUUAUUACUCUUACACACUGUGGAGGUUUUAUGUGUCUGUAGCUGGUGGAGUGCUGUAAAGUUUACACGCUCCUUAUUAAAAUGACUAGAAUGAGCAUCAAUUAUUCAUCACGUGACUAUAACAAACCCAAACCUUUGAUUAAUUUAGCAUUACUUUAAAUAAAAAUGAAGUGAGAUGUUUGGAAUAUGUGACGUGGGUAAUGUCUUAUGAAGAAGGGAAUGAAGUAAAUGGAAUGCAGCUACUGUUAACGGUUAUAUAAGGAUCUAAACUUUAUAUAUGGGUCUUUUCUAUAGGUUAUAACUCUGGUUGUACUUUCUGAAGCAUGAAUGGAUCAGUUAGCAAUCUUUCUAGAUGAUAUAAUACCAAAAAUAAUAUCUGUCUGAAUACUUGUGGGUAGCACUGUAGCCUCACAGCAAGAGGGUCCUGGGUUUGAUUCCCAGGUUGAGCGGUCUGGGUCCUUUCUGUGUAGAGUUUGCAUGUUCUCCCUAUUUUUGCAUAGGUUUCCUCACAUCCAAAAACGUACAGUCCGACUAAUUAGAAAUACUAGGUGUGGCUCUAGGUGUGUGUGUGUGUGUGUUUGCCCUGUGAUGGACUGGUGACCUGUCCUGGGUGUUUCCUGCCUUGCGCCCAGUGUUUGUACCCACCACGACCCUAAAUAGGAUAAAACAGUGGUAAAACAGACAAUGAAUGAAUGAAGACUUUUUAUAUACGUUUUUGUGCAGCAUGAUGAUCCGGGUUCGGUCCUCACCUCUGAUUUAAAAAUCGUAUGUACCUGCUUCAGUUUCUACCCACCUUCCAAAAGACCCUAGUACCUUAAUUAGCUGCUCUAAAUAACAGUGCAGCUGACAAUGAGUAUAAAAGUACAGUAUGUGAUGCUUUUUUUUAUUAUCUAAUGGUGUAAUCUUAAAGUUUAUCAUUUCAAGCUGCACAGAAGGCAAAUGAGCUACUAAUGAAAAAAGCAAUCAAGCAAAAGUCUAUAAAGAAUCAUUCCAUCCUGGUUUUGGUUUACACACAAUCAGACUGAUUUGCACAUCGAUAUUUACAAUCUGUUACUUUUUUUAACUUGUAUUCAACUUUUUGAUUUGAACGUCUUUCAUUAACGGGGGUUUAUUUUUUAACAUCGGGUGACAGUUUCACAAUCAGUCUUGGCUGUGUUUCAAACGACAUGCUGUACACUUUUCUCAGCCAUACUGCAUACUUUCUAAAUAUAUACAGAGUACUGCUAUACUGAAUCAUAUAUACUACAUACUUCACACUUCACAAUAGCAUGUUUUUCAAGUAUAAACUGCCAGGCUGCCUAUUUUAUCAGUAAAUACUACAUACUACUACAUACACUCAUAAUAUAAAACUACUCAAAGUGUUUAUGUUGCUUUGCUGUAUUGUUUUGUUGUUUUUUUUUCUUCUUUUUGCUAAAUAACAUGUAGGAUUACACAUCUUGCAUCUGCACAUUUUGAUGCACGAUGACAGUUUAGUUGCUGAAUUUAACAUAUUGGACAACUGAGAGAGAAAAACUGAGCCUAGAAUAUAAACAUCAUUCUAAAAACAAUUACUGAUGCACUUAAUCAAAUGAUAAAUGGAAACUGUGCCAUCAAAAGGAUUAUUAUAAUAGACUUUACAGUAUAAUACUAUAAUUACCUUUCUGUUUAUUUUCUAUUCUUUGUGUUGUGUUGUUUAUUUUUUUAGGAAUUUCUUUUUGCAAAUACAUACUUGAAUAUAACUCAGUGUGCACUUAUACUCUCAUUGUAAAAGGAAUGACCAAACUGUUAUUUUACUACUUUUGUAUUAUU